AUGCACCAAACAGGAAUAUUCGCGUGCAGUCACCUUUAUCAGCCCAAGACUAACUACUCCACCCGGCCAUCUUCAAUGCAACCAGAAUUUGCGCCGAAUGGGUUCUCAUCAGAAUCAUCAGAAGUUCCCGAUGGCCUAGGGAUUCUAUCCUCUACUCCGACGUCGCGUUCUCGGUCAUAUACGUUAGAUAGCUUCAAUAUCAGUUCCAUCGAGAAAUCCAGAUCACUGCGCCGGCCCCCGGUUGGCGAACAAUAUAAAGAAGAUGGGAAUUGGGAAACAGCCACAUGGGUUUUCAGUGACAUCUUACAGAGCAUUUCCAUACGCGACAAGGAGGAUGUCCGGCUUUUAAUCACAAAAAGUAAUCAGUUGGUGAAUCUAUUAAAAGAGAACCCGUCUCUCCGAGAAGAAAUUAUCAUCCAAAAUGUCAUGACAAAAAUAAACUUCAUGUUAUACCACACCAAUUCGCUACUUCGAUGUGCCGCGUACCGUGUUCUCCGACAUUGCAUCGCGGGCGAAGACUCUGUGCUUUAUUUGGUCAAGGCUAAGAUUCUCAUUUUUCUUAUCAUCACCCUAUCUACGCCGACACCUUUUCUUGAAAAGCAAGAAGCACUAAAGUUGAUUCGAGAAUUUAUUGAGAUUCCUAAAGGAACAAAUUAUAUCUCUAUUGGUGUGGUCAAGGCUCUCGUAGCUUUAGUGGAACAUGAAAACGAAGAUAUACAGCCUUCGGCAGACCAGCCAGACCUUGAGCCUCAUGUAUCAUCUAUGUUUGUUCGGAUGUGCAUUGAAACAGUGUGUGAAAUAUCUGUGAGCAAACCGGAUAUUGUAUUCCACGGCGGCGGACUUCGCCUUCUCAUAAAUCUUCUCAUCAACGGGCCUUCAGAUAUCGCUGCAUCAUGCAUGGUGGCCAUACUAACACUUUUGGACCAUCCUAAUUCUCGUCUUUUCUUCCGCAACGGGUUCGAUCUUGACUCGUUGAUCUCAGUUUAUUCGACUUUUGAAGAUGACGACAGCGACAAGAUUCCCAAUACCAAAAAGUAUUAUAACCGCGCUUUAAAGACAUCUUUUCUUUUGUCCAUGGUUUUGAAAACUUGGACAGGCAUGAUUUGUUUCUCUAGGGAUAAAUUCCAAGUACUCAAAGAACUCUUAGAGAACCUAAAAAAGAGAAAUGAUAAGCUACGAGAAAUCAUCAUGGACCUUCUAAUGGAUGUACUUCAUAUUAGGUCUCUUCCCUGGUUUGAAAAUUCAGUUUUUGGAGAAUUCAUUUCUGACUUUUAUAACAUCUUUAUGAAUGAUGCUAACAUAGAUCUGAAUUCCAGUAAUAAAGGUUACAGAGAGCUACCGCCUGGAAAAUUUGAAUCUUCAAUUGUUUCUCAUUACCAGGGCCUUCUUUGCAAGGUUCUACUCAACUGCGAUUUGAUUCCUUUACUAAUAGACAUUAUUGACGAGAACCGAAAUGAAGAAAUAUCCAACAAAGCAUGCUACCUUCUCACCAAUGUCCUUCAACUUUCCAUCAAUCUUCUACCGAAGUCGUUCUAUAAUGAGAAUGUACUCAAGGCAUUUUCCAAACCCAUGUCUAUUUCGACAAUGGCACAAAUCGAGGUUGCCACGAGGUUGCAACAUCAAGGCAAAGAUGACAAGAAAGCAAGCGACGUGAAAGACCUUAUGAAAACUAUUAACAUUCAAUCACGCUAUAUCAUCGAUGACAUCACAUUCAAGUCAAUGAUAUCAAAAACAAAAGUUCUCGUUGCGAAAGAAUUCGAAGAAUGGAACUGGACAGUGAUUUCACAACUUUUCCAAGGCCCUCUUCGUAACCCAAAACGCUUCUCUGAGCUACAAGAAAAGUUCCCCAAGUUCAUGAAAGCACUCACAUUAUUUUAUAGACCAUUCAAAUUCCGUUUCAGCAAUUUGCCUGCCCAUGCGUCUCACAAAUUCCCUAAGCUAAAAUUUCCGAAGAAAUUGAUAACAGUUGGUUGUCAGAUGUUGGAAUCACUAUUAACCUUCGAAGAAGGAUUCAGAUUUUUAUUGCAUAACAAGCUUCUUCCCCAAAUUGCAGAGAUUCUUGCUCAAGUGGACCCUUACAGUGGAAUAAGCGCUAAAGAAGCCAUUCUUUCGAAGCGUCGGUUAGAAGACUCAUUGAGUGUUGGAUAUAUCAAAUUCAUUGGAGUCUUUUCGAGUAACACAUAUGGGCUUCGUAUAAUUGAACACUGGCAAAUGCUUCAACUAUUGAACAACAUCAUUGAAGGAAGCAGUGAGAGUGAAGAAAGCAACUAUUUAAUAUUCUCUUUGCUAUCCAGUUUAGACUUUGCUAAGAAGAGUCCAUUGCGUUUGCUUCUUUCAAAAGUAUUUACAGUAGCAAAUCCUGCUGUUAAAUUGUUUGCGCUUGAAAAUGUUCUAAAGAAGCUAUUUUUAAAUCCUGAAUGUGAGGAAAUGGUGAUUAGCAAUUUGUGCACUUUGAUAUACGAUGAAACAGAAACUGUUUCUAAAAUGUCUGUCAAAAUGUUGCAUGAGUAUUACCUUGUUCGAGACAAUCUUGAUAGAAUUGACGUAUUCAUUGGGUUCAGCCCUCCAAUUGAAAUACUUUCAAAUUCUUUCGAAGGUAGACUCUUAUUAUUCAAUUUUUGCAACACAUCGAAUGGUUUCCGUUUCUUGUAUAAAAAUGGGUUCAUUGAGACAUGCUUCAAUGAAAGUGUUGAAAAAUUACAGACACUUGAGUAUCUUUGCCUAAUUGAAUCAUCUUUGAGAAGCCAUUUCUUUCCCUUUUACGAACUUCGUCCGCAAUCGCACUCUGUUUAUGAGUAUGAUCUUCAUCAUUUUUUCAAGUAUUUAUUGGCGACAGAAGAUGGUUACAAUUUUUUCAACUCACGAAGACACCAUAUUGAUGAUUCUAUUCACAAAAUGAAAUUUAUUUGCCGAAAAUUGAAUUUACUUAAUGUUGAGCAAGAAGCAUUGUCUAACGACACUAUUGACACAAUGAUGCCAGAGAAUGCAAUUGAAGAUAGUCCAUCAUUAACGCUGCAAGAAGAAGAGUUGGACCACUUAUCCUAUCCUUUUCAAGGUACCGAUUCUCAGGUCAACUAUCAGACGAGGGAAUCUGAUCUUUUGGACAUAUUAGAAUUAGAAGACCAGGAAGAGGAAGAAUAUUUGUUACGGCGGUUGAAGCAGUAUUUGUGGAUUUUUGGCGAAAUUGCAUCAGCCAACUAUGGUAUACAAAUUCUUGAUCCUAUGCAUGCUCUAAACCCACAAAACGAACAUGUGGUUGAAACGAUUCACUUACUUUUCCUAAACUCAUCUGUCUGGCAGCUUCGAGGUUUGGCUUUCUAUCAAUUGGGGAAAAUCGGAUCUACUUCGGAGGGCGCUGAAAUUCUUGAUGAUUUACAAUGGGUAUCAUUAGAUCUACUGAACAAGGGCAAGCAAGUGUCAUUAGCCUACCCAAAUACGAUGGAAAACGAGGAUAUUUUUGGUGUUGAAACAUUGAAUCCGUAUCAAGAUGCCAGCUACUAUACACUAUUCGGUGGGCACGAAGCAAUAGGAAAUUAUCUGCGAUUUUCCCUAACUGAUGAGAUCAGUUUCGAUACAUAUGCAGAGUUGGACGAUAGAAUCUUGAGUUUGAUAAAUCAUCUCAGUUCUGUGUUAGGGAGAGUGGAAAGGAAGGCAACCAAAGAGUUGAAUCGUAUCAAGAGAGAGAACCCACAGGUGUUCAGCGACAUAAAUCUCUUUCUUAAGGUAAUCCGACUCGUGGACAAGGGUAAGUUUAAGUUCCGAACCCGAGCUAUUCUCUUUGGAUUAUUCAACACUUCAAGGAUUUUAGAAGGGUUGCUGAAACGCGAUCGCAAGGCGUCUUCCAACAAAGCAAGUAAAUAG